ACGUUGUUGACAAACGUAAUGCUAAGGAAGUUUAAACGUUGAAACGCUGAAGAGGCUCCAUAGUUCACACCGCAUCGCGGGUAAAGUGUGAGAAAACAAACAAACAAAAACACGUAUUUUGUUUGUCAAGUACACUGAGAGGCGUCCCUUUAAAUAAGCUGCAGGGUGACAAGAAUGGGAGCGAACAACAGCACUCGCCGCGUGUCGUUUGAAUCAGAUGAGAAUGACAACAUCACAGUGGUGAAGGGCAUACGGCUUUCUGAAAAUGUCAUCAAACGCAUGCAGGAACCCACUGAACCAAAGCAACAUCAUCAUACUCCUAGUUCAACAUCUUCCACAACACAAACCCCUACCCCACCUCCUCUCCUUAAGGAAGUACCUCCCCCUUUCGACUUGAUCACCUCCUUGCCUUCUCCUGUAGUACCCGUUUUACCUUCAGCUCCAUCUGCCUCUGAGAGAGGGGCUGCACCUCCCUCUCAACGUGUGGCAGAACAGGUAGCAUCACCCACUCUACCCAAUGUUGUGUUCCCAUCUUCACCACCUUUAGCUUCUGCUAAUGCUGUUCCUGAGCCUGCUUUUAAACCUUUAGCACCGCCUUCUCCUGCUCAAGCUGCUGUGGCUGCAGUAUCUUUGCCAACAUCUGGCCCUCCUGCUCCAACUGUGUCUGAAGUGAUCAUUCCUCACCCUCCUCCUCCUGUAAACGAACCAUCUUCUCUAAUAAAUCCGUCCGUUCUUUCUUCCCCUCCAGCAAUCAAACCCAUUGCUUCUGCACAUGCGAUUGAGCCCCUUGCUUCACCAUCUGCAUCUGAACCCAUAUGCCCCCAUCCUCCUCUCAUAAAUGCUAAACCAAUCGUCUCCCCUGUUCCCAAAGCACAACCCCCCCUCUCCCCCCCUGAUUUUGAGCCUGCCACCAUCUUGCCCGCAUCCAUACCUUCUGCAGGGGAUUCUGUGCACCCACAGUCUGCUGAACCAUUUGCUUCACUUCCUUUGCCUGAGUUUACUGCUCCUUGUGAACCAGUUGCACCUCCUUCUCAGCCUGCAGCAGAACCAUUAUCACCUGCUUCAGUCACCAAGCCAGUGACAGCACAUGAAUCAGGAACAGCAGCAGCACAAGCAAUUGAUGAGGAGGCUCUGAAGAAGAAGAUCACUGAUGAGCUGCAUAAAAACUUGAAGCAACAGAGGGUUAAAGCAGAGCAAGACAUGCAAGCCUGGUAUGAGGCUGAAAAAGCCAGACUUUCAGCGAAAGCACAAGUUGAGGCUCAGUCCCAAUUUCGAGAUGAAGUUUCCAAGAUUCUCUCUGCAGAGCGGGCUGCAGUUAGAGAAAACCUCCACCAGACUAUUAUUAGAGAGAGGAUCGCCACAGAGGAUGAGAAGCUUCGUGCUCAACUCUUUGAUCUCGAACAAAAGGCCAAGCAGCUGGAAGCCAAGGAAGCUGAUCUGAAGAAGCAGGAUGCCUUCUACAGAGAGCAGGUGGCGCGGCUGGAAGAACGGAGUACUCAGUUCUACAAGGUCACCACUGAGAACUAUCAUAAAGCUGCAGACCAAGUGAACGCUAAGUGCAGGAGGUAUGAGGUGAAUCCUGUAUGUGCAGAUCUUCAGGGACAGAUCCUUGCGUGCUACAAAGAAAAUGCGGGAAGAACCCUGAACUGUUCCAAUAUAGCUGCUCUCUAUCUGCAGUGUGUCAACAACGCUAAGGAGAAUAAACGAAAAAGUUGAAGACCGGGGGUUAGGAAUGAGAACCCGACGAAAGAAGGAGCAAUGUAAAGUGUAUUGUGAGGGAUUAUCAAUUGACAGACUGACAGAUUAAAGAAGGGAGAUGGAGAAUGAGUCAGCACCAAGACCCCCACCCUCAAACCUCUAAGAAGAAACAAACCCUAAUGGAGGCAGGUUGGGAGCAGCGAACACAGCACCUUAACAUAGAUAGACAGCUUUUUAUACCCUCAGGACCUACCUUUCUUACCUCUCUUACCCUUCAUGCAUCUCCACUGUGACCAUGUUGUGGGACAGCUGUACUGUCCCACACUUUAGAGACACAAGCUAUAAAGGGGUCAUGAAGUCACAGCAUCUUUAACCAGGAGCACGUCUGAAAACGUCUGUCACAUUGAACCAUCUCCACUCUCCCUAACAGGUAGAAACCUAUUUAUUCAAAGUCAACAAUGUUGUUUUCUCCAUAGUUGGUUUUCCUGCUUUACAAGCACUGUCAUGUACACAGUUCUACAAAUGUGUAUCUGUUCCUCUGCUUCUGUGUGACUAUUUGUGUUGAUCAACCACUCCAGCAUUUGUAACAAUGUUUGUUUAGUGGAAAUAAAAGACAAAUCAAUGCACAAAC